ACGCUCAUUCAAUUUUUCACUCUCGCGCGUUGUGGUCGCUGUUGUUUGUGCUCCAAAGAAUCUCGACCGGUUUUCACUGUUGUGGAAAAUUCAAAAGACUACCGAAGCCAAAGAAUCUAAAGAUGAAAAUCGAUCUGACUGUCGACCAGGGGCCAUGCAACACAGAACUCAGGAGCUGGUGCCUUGGCAUUGCGAUCUAUUCGCUGUUGACUAUCACAUUCAGUGUGCUCUUCGCGCCAAAUGUGGUAAACUUUGUGGGCUUUGCCAUUGCAGUGGCGGCUAAUGUACUAUUGCUGAUCGGCUGCCUUAAGUACAAGCACCAGCUGCUGGUUGGCUGGCUGAUAUAUGCCUUGAUCUGUGCCAUUGGAUUCCCCUUUGCCAUAUUCGGCGUCAUCUUCCACUACGGAGGGUAUCGCGAGGCCACCGGAUUCAACAACAUCUUUGGCGCCUUGCUGUCGUAUAUUGUACAGAUCGUAAUCGUUGCCUUCUGCGCCCGUCUUAUCUAUUCCUACUACUUGCAACUGAAGAACCGCCAGGGCACACCCCAGGCCGUGCCUGUCGUUUGAGAUUCAUUGACGCCAUAGCCAUAGGCGGCUAGUUUUGUUUAUCCGUUUUCUAGCUCUGUGUGUUUUUUCUUGGAAUAAAAUACGUUCUUGUAUUUGAUUGCAAUUUGUCGUAAA